AUGAGCUCCAAUCGUGAAAUUCUUCAUCGCUGCCAUCCCACGCAUAAGCAGCAACAGAGUGAGACCAUUCUGAAUAAAGCCAGACUUUCUCGGAAGCGUCCGCCGGUAUCGCCUAGCAUAUUGUUUUCCCAAGCUAACAGCAACAGUCACAAUGAAUCUGUCUAUGGCUUUGGCGAUGUGCCUCGAACUGAAGCUGCCUUUAUAAAACAGACGUCUGAGACCACCAAAGAGAACAGAAAAUUCUUCAAGCCAUCUAGAAGGAAGAAGACUACAUCAGGACCAAUUUGCCAGCUGAAGUCAACUACGUCGAAUACAGAAGAUGAGAAAACAGAUAAGCGCCAGAGGCUUCUAGACUGGCUUAAGGCAAGCCAGGCUAAGCGAGAUGAAAAUAAUAGACAGGUGUUUUCUCGGUGGAUAGAGAAAAUGGACAGCAUGAAGGCACAGGUACGUGAACAAAGCACUUGUCCCACAUUCUACUGUGAUUACUUGCCCCUGCCCCAUGUAUUAUACUCCGCGAUCAGCAACUGUCAAGAGGAAGCGAUCGGAACUCCUACAGUCUACCUUGGUGUUCCACAAUUCAUGUAUCACCCCCAAACAGAAUUAAUUGACCCUCAAUUAAUGCAUAACGCUGAGUGCUUCCUAAAAAUGUCCGACCAACUGGUGGAUGUGGGUCCUGCAUCAGAAUAUGAAUACGGUUUUCCUGAUAAUCCUGGUCUUCUCUCUAAUCACGAUUUCUAUGCUCAAACCCAAGGUGAAUCAACUCAAGAAGCCCUGAUUGAGAAGGCCGACCUUACGUCUUCUUGUGCUGAGAAUGCGAUGCAAUAUGGGGCUCCCGGAGCAUCCAUUGUCCCGGCAUCCAUGAAUUACACAACUACAGCACCGAUAGUGUUUCCUAUUCCUUGCAUGCACUAUUUUAAUCAAAGCGCGGAGGAGCCCAACAUUGUCGUUCCUAGUGGAGACGGGAUUGAUAACUCUGCUACGUCAAUUCUCGGUCCGAAACCUCCAUCGUCUCCAAUAUUAUUCCAGACAGAUUUCAGACAGAUGGCCCAGGCACCUCCAUCCUGUUCGUUUGUGAACCGCUCCAAACACCCAGUUGCCAAUACUUUAUAUUCUCCCAAUGAAGGCUUUAACGCAUCACCUUCAAUGCGCGAUCUUACAUUCGUUUAUAAUCAUGCUAAUCCAGCUCUCAAUUUCGAUAUGAUUCACUGGAACUCCCUUCUUGAUGACAUCAGCAAUAAGAUGUCGGCUCUACCACAGGACGUUGGGAAACAGGCAAUUUUUCAAGAGAUGCUGCUUUCAGAACUGAGUACUGGCUUGAAAGGUGGGGUCCACGAAGGGAAAUAA